AUGGACCCUCGCCGGGUUCCUAGAAAUGUGACCGACCCGAAAGUCCGGCAAGUCGGGUUCUUCGCACCCGUGGCCCCACCCGAUGUCUCUAUGUCGGCACUACCACGUCCGACCAGUCCAUCUCCUCCGGUCUACGGCAACUCCUUGUCUCCCGUCAUGAUCCCUCCGCCGCGACACCUCACCUCCGACAACGCCCCACUCUCUCCCCUCAACGCCGCAGCUGGCGACUCUUUCGGCAUUUACAACCCGUCGGAAUUUUCAUCCCCUAGAGCAACGGAGGACUUCUCGGAAGACAACUUCUCCGAAGACAACUUCUCCAAAGACACAGGCUGGAUCCUCAAUGAGAAUUCUGGUAAAAUUGCCACUUCAUUGCCCACAGGUGGUCCCGAUGUAGCCGCCUUGAAACAGAAUAAUCAUGCCGCCGGUGGAUUGGUCCCUGGCGUUACAGAUGGAGGGCCACCUUCAGAUGUGCAGAAGGAGCUGCCGCCAGCUAGUUCCAUGCCGAAAAAGGAUAAAACGACAAAGGCCGAAAGACGCGCUCUUCAGGAGGCUCAGCGAGCCGCCAAAGCUGCUGCUAAUGCUGAUGGAAGUAAGAAGUCUGCUGCUGCUUUAGCAAUGGUCAAUUCAGCCAAUGCAAAUACAAAAAAGGUUGCAAAAGCUCCUUCACAAAAGAAAGACAGCUCCUUAGUUGCAACUUCUGAGAAAAGAGGUGGUGAUCGUCAAACAGAUAAAGAUAGGAAGAAAGACGUUCCUCAUCCACGUAUGCAGUUUGAUGAUGAGAACCGAGUUGAGAAGGCAAAUAAGCGUUCUAUGGUAAAACAAACUGAAUCCAGGAACAGAGUUGAACUAUUUAGGCAUCUACCUCAAUAUGAACAUGGACCUCGGCUUCCUGACCUUGAAUCAAAGUUCUUUCAACUUGAACCAGUUCAUCCUGCAAUUUAUAAGGUUGGGCUGAGGUUUUUAACUGGGGAUAUAUCUGGUGGCAAUGCCCGCUGUAUUGCAAUGCUUCAGGCAUUUCAAGAAGCAAUCAAAGAUUACUCUACUCCACUGGAUAAAGAACUUACCAGGGACCUCCCUACAAAGAUAAAUGGUUAUGUCUCAUUUCUAAUUCAAUGCAGGCCACUUUCAAUUAGCAUGGGAAAUGCAAUUAAUUUUCUUAAACCCAAAAUUCCUGAAUUACCUUCGACCAUGUCCGAGUCAGAAGCAAAAGCCUGUCUUCUCUCAGAUAUCAACCGCUUCAUAAAUGAGAAGAUAAUUCUAGCAGAUAAAGAAAUCAUGAGGCAUGCUUUAACAAAAAUUAGGGAUGGUGAUGUCCUUCUCACAUAUGGGUCAUCCUCUAUUGUAGAAAUGAUAUUCUUAUGUGCCCUAGAGCUUGGCAAACAGUUCCGAGUUGUGAUUGUGGAUUCACGCCCAAAGCUUGAAGGGAGGAUGUUACUUCGUAGGUUGGUGGAAAAGGGUGUUAAUUGUACUUACACCCAUAUAAAUGCUAUUUCUUAUAUCAUGCAUGAAGUAACACGAGUAUUUUUGGGUGCUUCAUCGGUGUUUUCUAAUGGAACUGUUUAUUCGAGGGUCGGCACUGCAUCUGUUGCUAUGGUUGCCCAUCAGUUCCGUGUUCCAGUCUUAGUAUGUUGUGAAGCAUAUAAGUUUCAUAGAAGGGUUCAACUUGAUUCAAUAUGCUUUAAUGAACUUGGUGACCCUGAUGCUAUUGCAAGGGUUUCUGGUAAAGAAGAUAUUAAUUAUUUGGAUGAUUGGUCCAGUAGCCAAAAUCUUCAACUUCUAAAUCUGAAUUAUGAUGCAACACCUUCAGACUACAUUUCAAUGAUCAUCACCGAAUAUGGCAUGAUCCCUCCAACAAGUGUUCCUGUUAUUGUUCAAGAGUACGGAGAACAUUUAUUGACAUAG